UUCACUUUUUUAUUAUGGCGGCGUUAUUGCUUUUCGUCAUAUCACAAUACGUUUACUUUUAAAUAAUACAAAGUUUACAAAUUUCACUACAGCGGAAUUCAUAUGUAUGUGGGUAGAAGGCGGAAAGCGGACGACUGCCAAAGCACAGCGAGUGCAAAGUGCUGCUCCUUAACCCGCUAUCAUCAUUCUGCCAACCAAACAACAGCCUCAGCUGUGUACCAGUUUGAAAAUCGUAUGAUUGUGUCAAAUGCUCACAUGCAGGCAUAUACGAGAGGAUUGAGGUCGUUGCUUGGGGACGGCUGCAGUCUAUGUGAUCACGAGUGUAUGCGCACACCCAGAGUACUAUUGGCCGCAUCAAGCGACCUUCAGAGAUACUCAACCUCAUCUGGUUACAGCGGAGCUCUGCUCGGGCGAACACGAAAUUUUAUUGUGGAAAUGGGCAGGUCUCUAAGUGCAAACGAGCGAUGUAACGGCGCCAAAAAAAGCCAAGACGUUCGGAUACUGGACUCCAUCCUUUGCUGUGAUAACAAAAAAUCAGAUCACUGCUCCGCCAUGUAACCAGAGUUCUUACCGGGGCUAAUGGGAAUGCGUGCCAGUGCACGGACUUCACCACUUUAUUGGUAGAGAUCUACCAACUUUUUAGCUGUACUUUAUUUUCUAUCAUUUUUACCAUCAAAGGCUAAAAAUCUACCAAAAUCUAUCCGGAAAGAAAGCAAAGAGAUUUAAAUGAACGCAGUGUAUGCAUAUUUUGUCA